AUGCCCGCCAAGACGAAGCGGGACGACGGACUCGUGCAACUGCCCGGCAGACGCCAUGCGUACCGUUUCACCCUGUGCACAGAACGCCGGACCGAUCUCAAGCCCAGCCAGGUUGCCAAACAUACGGCUUGCGAGCGACAUUGCGUCCGUCUCAGGUCCCGGCAACACCGCGAGACAAUUGAGGCGAUCCUGGCACAGAAACGAGCAGCUGCUCGAGAACCGGUGGAGGAACCUGUACAGCAGGACCGGAAGGCGGUCUCAGGCGUCGGGGAGCAAGGGACGUCCAAGCAAGAGGUCAAGUUUGACCCCGACCUCGACGACGGGCAGCCAAUCCAGGUCGCUCCCGAGCGAAUCUGGGAGCCGACGAAGCGGGCUCGUCCGUUGGCUCGUCAAUCGUCGAGCAAGCGGAAGUUCAAGCCGGGUUGGGAGGACGGCAGCGACCUCGCGGAAAGGAGGCGCACUUGGCAUGAACCGUUUGCGAUUCCGUAG